CGCGACACAAGCAACCAUCAGUAGUGUGAAAUUAUGGAGACCGCGGACCGAAAUACCGAUUUGUCCUGCGUGUCCGCAAUUUUAUCAUGUCUCGCCCUUUCUAUAGUAUACGUCGCGAGUCUCUACGUAUGGAGAUCCCCGUACGAUGGAGAACAUCCUACGAUUAUAAAAAGAAGAUUUUGUAGUGUUUUUAUUAUAUCUCUUAUAUCUCCCGUGUCAUUGUACUUUGGGAUGAAUAAGAAGGUCUUUCAAAGGGCAACUAUUUGGGAAUUAUUAGGUCUACGAUGGCCAGGUUUAAUUGAAGCAGUCGUGAUACCAUUAUUGUUAACAAUGAUACUAUUUUUAGGACCAUUAAGUGUACAAUGCUUUAAUAAGCUUUCAAGAUUAUAUGCUGAGCCCAUGCAUUGGCUCGGAAAUAUAAGGACAUUAACGUGGUGGAGAAACCAAGUAGUCGCACCUUUGUGCGAAGAAUGGACAUUCAGAGCAUGCAUGUUACCAUUGCUGUUGCAAUGUUUCACACCAGUCACUGCUAUAUUUGUGUCCUCCUUGUUUUUUGGAGCUGCCCAUUUUCAUCAUAUUGUGGACAGAGUAAGGGAAGGUGUGAGUCUUAAACGUGCACUUCUUAUAUCUUGUUUUCAGUUUGCAUACACGACAUUGUUUGGAACAUAUGCAGCGUUUCUUUUCGUCAAAACAGGACACCUUGCAGCACCAUUAACAGCACACUCUUUUUGUAAUCACAUGGGAUUCCCUGAUCUUUCAGAAAUCGUGGCGUGUAAGGAUCCACUAAAAAGAGCAGGACUAUGUUGUCUGUUUGUCAUUGGAUUAGUCACUUUUUUUCUGCUGUUAAUACCAAUGACGAAUCCAACAAUAUUUCAAAAUAAUCUAUUUUGGAAUAAGCAUUUUUUAUAAGCUGAGAUUCAUUUGAAACGAUGUCACUAAUGUUGUUCACAAUUUUUAUAACGAACUAGGAUAAUUCGA